AGCACUUCAUGUUAAACAUGUAACCAGGAAAGAAACACUCAAAACUCAUCUGAACACACAUCGAGAGCUUCAGAAGGACUGAAUCUACUGACAACAGAGAUCAUUUAAUAAGAGAGAAGAAUGAAGAUCAUCUUGACUUUCACUCUGCUGAUGAUUCCUGGUGUCGUGAGCUCCAUCAGUGUGACAGGAUAUUCAGGAGGAGGAGUCACGAUCACAUGCAAAUAUGAUGAAGGAUAUACAGCAAAUAUAAAGUAUUUUUGUAAAGGACAGUGGAAAACAACAUGCUCUGACCUCAUCAAGACUGAUAUUAAAGAUAAAUGGGUUAAAACUGGAAGAUUCUCUCUGUAUGACGACACAAGAUCAGCAGUCUUCACUGUGACCAUCAGAAAUCUGAGUGAAGAGGAUUCUGGGAUGUACUACUGUGCAGCUGAUAUCUCUUUAGCUGAAGAUUUCUACACUGAAGUGAAUCUGAAGGUUAUACGAGGUCAACAAAUCAGAUCUGUGAAAGGAUAUAUUGGAGGAAACGUCAUUAUAAACUACAAAUAUGAGAUGAAACACAAGAACCAUGUGAAAUAUUUCUGUAAAACUGCAGCAGAUCAAUGUUUCACUGUAAUAAACUCUAACAGAGCAGCAGAAUGGAAACAGGACAGACGAUUCUCCGUUCAUGAUGACAGAUCUGCAGGUCUCUUACGUGUGUUUAUCAGAGAGCUGAAUGAGAACGACUCUGGAGAAUAUGAGAUUACAGUCAAAGUUUCUGAAGACUACAGUUUCUUCUCUGAGUUUAAUCUGGACAUCAGAGACGAUGGUUGUUGUGUGAAGAGCAUCAGUCUAUCAGCUGCUGCAGGAGCAUCUGUGAACAUCAGCUGCAAAUACCCACAAUCCCACAUUAGUGAUGUGAAGUUUCUCUGCUGGAGAUCUGGAGCUGAUCUCUGUGCUGAAGAGACGUCUGUGAAGGAGAGCAGAAGAUGGAGUCCUGAGGGAAAGAUCCAGCUGUAUGAUGACAGAGAAGAGCAGCUCCUGACGGGAAGCAUCAGUCAUGUGACUGAACAACAUUCAGAAUACUGGUGUGGAGUUCAGUCUGAUCAAGGACACAAGAGCUUCAUCACACGAGUCCUGAUCAGCGUUACAGAAACAUCAUCAUCAUCAUCAUCAUCAUCAUCAUCACUAUCAUCAUCAUCAUUAUCAUCAUCCUCACCUCCAUCAUCAUCAUCAAGAACAUAUUCACCAACAUCAUCAUCAUCAUUAUCAUCAUCCUCACCUCCAUCACCAUCAUCAAGAACAUCAUCAUCAUCAUCACUAUCAUCAUCCUCACCUCCAGCAUCAUCAUCAUCAUCUGCUUCUUCUUUCUCAUCAGUCAGACCUUCACCGUUCACAGGUUUAUUCCUCACAGCGCGUCUUCAACUCAGUGAAAAGAAGAGGAAUGAUGAAGAUGAUGCUUUGUUUAUCGAGGUGAUGGGAGCGUUUACAGGAUCUUCUCUGAUCGUUCCUCUGGUUCUGGUUCUUGUGGUUCUGAUCAUCGCUGGACUCUUAUUACUGUUUCUCUCUAAGAAGCAUCAGUCUCGAGCAGAUGGUGAUUCGUCAUCUCAGACUGGACCAGAAAAACAUGAAGUGGUUUCUCACGCUGGUUGUGAUUAUGAGGAGAUUAAAGACACUCUCAAAGAGUUACCCACAAACCCCUCUGAUUCUUUUGACACUGUUUAUGCCACUGCCCAAUUGCCCACAAACCCCUCUGUUUCCUCUAACUGUGUUUACGCUUCAGUUGAGAAAGCCACUGGAGACUCUCAGCGCUGCAUCACAUCUGCUGAGGAUCUGAAUUACGCAGUGGUGAAUUUCCACAAGGAAUCAGACUGUCCUGACAGUGUCAGUAUCAGGAAUAACCAGGAUUACAGUGAAUACGCUGCUGUCAAUCAUCUCACUGCUUGAUGAGCCACAGCAGAGAAUAUAAAUGAGCUGAAUGUUUUUAUCACCUUGUCUUUGGCGUUAAGUUUGUGUGUUUGGUGUUUUUUUUUGUUAGUCUUUAGAUAUGCUUCUUUGCUGUGUAUUUUAGUCAUUUGACUGUUGGCAUGAAGUCUGAUGAAUGUUUAAAUUACAGCACAGCGUUUUGUUCUGCAGAUGACACUGAAAGAAAUGAUCAGAAACUUCUGGUCAGAGUUUGAUGUAAAUAAAUACUGAAUAGUUCAGAGACAAAAGUGUGAAAUUAAAGCAGAAUAUGCAGCUGUGCUCAAUUUUAUGAACAAACUUUAGCAAAUACAGCAACUGUUGUUUUUUCUCAGUUCUCACUUUAACAGCCUGAUUUCUUAAAAAAAAAACAGAUGAGGUUGUGAUAUUGUUCUCAAAUGUGAUAUGCAUGGAUUAUGGAAAGAUGAAAUGCACAUAAAAGCACAACAUCUGAGCUUUUUGAGUGUCUGUUAUGAAGCCUGAAGUCUUUUCAGCUUUUAAUAAUAUUUAUUUCAGAACAUUGACUCUCCACUGAUGUAAUAAAACAUGAAGAUUUUGUUUCUGACAAA